GUUAGCUCCCGGUUUUACUCUUCUUAAAUAUUUGUUCUUGCAAAAUCUAAAGUUGUUGAUUAUGUUCAUGACUAAAAGGAACCGGACUUUGACACACUGUAUUCCCAUGGACUAACAUCAAGCUAAAGUCUUAAGCCUAAAACCAAACACAGGGUGCAAAGUGUUGUCUUUUAGAUUUGAGUUGAGCGACUCUUUUUGAAAACUGUAUGAAAUUGUGAUAAUGCAUGUUUUUUCUUCAACAACCAGAUCGGAUAAUGCCUCCAACGUUCACCAAGUCCCUGAAAAGGGUUGACGGUAACAUUGGUAAUGACGUCUCCAUGGAUUGUAAAGUGUCUGGGUCCCAACCCAUGACCAUAUCUUGGUUCAAAGACGACCAGGAGAUCAAGUCUGGAUCCAAAUUCCAGCCUGAAUUCAAAGACAGCUCUGCUUCGCUGAGAGUUAUAAAGCUGGAGAAGGCCGACUCUGGAGUUUACAAAUGCAGAGCAACCAAUUCUGCCGGCUUUAAGGAAACCAGCGGCACGCUCUAUGUCAAAGAGCCCCCAUUGUUUACAGCAAAACCAAACAACCAGGAUGUUAAACCAGGAACCACAGUUUCCUUCAAAACGGGCUUCACUGGAACAGCUCCGUUAGCUGUGAAGUGGUUCAGAGAGGAGAAAGAGAUUGUGUCUGGAGGCUCAUAUUUCAUAAAGAAAGACGCCUCUUCCAGCUCUUUGGAGCUAAACUCAGUGAAACCCAGUGACUCUGGGAAGUACACAUGCCAAGUGUCCAAUGAUGCUGGGAAGAUGGAUUGCACCGCAGUCCUCUUUGUGAAAGAACCGCCCGUGUUCGUGAGGAAACUCGAUGCGACCAAACUUGUUAUCAGCGGCGACUCCGCCUUGCUGGAGUGCAAAGUAACGGGCAGCCCCGUCAUCUCUUUUAAAUGGUUCAAGGACGAGAUGGAGAUCAGCUCCAGUGCUAAAUACAAAAUGACUUUAACUGACUUCGUGGCCUCUCUGGAAAUAGUCAACAGUGCAGUGGAGGAUAGGGGAGAAUAUGUGUGUGUGGCGUCCAGCGAGGCUGGUAGUGACCGCUGCAGCAGCACAGUGACUAUCAAAGAUCCGCCAUUGUUUGUGCGUAGCUUGGAGCCCAGAGAUGUUGUGAAAGGCUCUGAGAUGAUGCUGGAGGGCCAGGUCUCCGGCACAGUCCCCUUCACUGUGUCCUUUUAUAAAAACACUAAGCCGAUUAGGAAUGACAAGAGACACAGGAUCUCAGUGAAGGACGACCUGAUAGCGCUGCAGGUGCUGGCAGUGGAGGCAGGAGACGCGGGGUUGUACCAGUGUACUGUAGAGAAUGAGGUGGGGAAGGCCUCCUGCGAUUGUCAAGUAACGCUAAAAGAACCACCGUCGUUUGUGAAAAAGCUGGAGAACCUCAGCUCUCUGGUUGGCAGCGAGGUUUCUCUGCAGUGCUCUCUGAAGGGCUCUGAGCCCAUGAGCGUGUCCUGGACCAAAGACAACCACGAGCUCAAAGAGGCUGAAAACAUUCAGAUUACUUACGAGAACAACACCGCGCUGCUGCACUUCAACAACCUGCAGAGCAAACAUGGCGGCAAAUACUCGUGCCAGGCGCAGAACCAGGCCGGCAGCCAGACCUGCUCUGCUGUGGUGACAGUCAAAGAGCCGGCGAAGGUCACAGAGGAGGCCAAGUCCAUCAGUGUCACUCAGGGCGAUCCGGCCACGCUAGAGGCCCGGUUCUUAGGCACCAAGCCGCUGAAGGCCAGAUGGCUGAAGGCCGGCAAGGAGCUGAGCUCAGGCCAGAGAUAUAAAGUUCAGAGCACAGACACCAGCUCCGUGCUCAAGAUGAUCAAAACUGAGAAAGGUGACAGUGGUGACUACACCUUCGAGGUCUCAAAUGAUGUCGGACAAAGUUCUUGCGAGGCCACACUCACCGUCCUCGAUCAAAUCAUUCCCCCUUCUUUUACGAGAAAACUGAAGCAGACAGAAGGUAUCAAAGGAUCGUUUGCUCAUCUGGAGUGCCUUGUGUCCGGCUCUCUGCCGAUAACCAUUCAAUGGUACAAAGAUGAGAAAGAGAUCCAGACUGAUGAGAAACACAAAAGCACAUUCUUUGAAAAUGUUGCUUUUCUGGAAAUCUCUAACCUAAACGGUAAAGAGAGCGGCAGCUACACCUGCAUCGCUAACAACAAAGCGGGGACCGUGCAGUGCUCCGGCAUCUUGUUCGUCAAAGAACCACCAUGCAUUCUUGAAAAGCCUGAAUCCAUGAAUGUGUUGCCGGGCUCAAAGGUCCAGUUUAAUGUUCUGAUGUCUGGCACGCCUCCGCUCACCACCAAAUGGUUUAAAAACAGGAAGGAGAUUAUAUCCAGUGCUGACUGCAAUGUGGUCAAAGACAAUACCUCAAGCUCUUUGGAGCUUUUCUUUGCAAAAACCUCUGACUCUGGAGAGUUUGUCUGUGAGAUACAGAACGAUGUGGGCUCCACUUCCUGUCAGGCUACACUCUUUGUGAAAGAGCCCCCUAAGUUCACACGGACCCCCGCUCGGUUGUCCGUGGUCCGUCCCGGUCAGAGUAAAAUGUUUGAGUGCCAGGUGACCGGCACACCUGAGAUAGACAUCUGCUGGUUCAGGGAAGGCUCUGAGAUCAGCCCCAGCGAUCGGUACAAGAUGGUGUUUGUUAACUCUGUGGCCACGCUGGAGGUGUGUGGCGCUGAAACCAAAGACAGCGGGCUUUACUACUGCGAGGCCCGCAACGAGGCCGGCAGCGAGAGCUGUAGCAUGGAGCUCAAGGUCAAAGAACCGCCAUCAUUUAUUAGAGAGCUGUCUGCGGCGGAUGCUGUGAAGGCCUCCAGCGCCUGCUUUGAGUGUCAGGUCGCUGGGACCGGUCCAUUUGAGAUAACAUGGCACAAAGAUGCAAAGGAGAUCAAACCAAGUGCUAAGCAUGGCUUCUCCCAGCUGAACGACACUGUGAGGCUAGAGGUGCACAAAUGUGACGCUGUAGACGUCGGUGAAUACCAGUGCACGGUUUCUAAUGAGGUCGGGAGCUGUGCUUGUAAGACUACGCUAAACCUCAAAGAACCACCAACAUUUACCCAGAGGCUCGAGGACACUGCCACUGUUCUCGGUAAAAUGGCAGAGUUUAGGUGUGCUGUGAAGGGCUCUCCAACUCUCUCUGUACAAUGGCAAAAAGAUGAGAACUGGAUUUUGGAGAAUGCAAAGAUUGAGAGAACAUUUGAGAACAAUGUGGCCACUCUCAGGAUUCCCGCCUGUGAAGCAACACAUGGCGGGAAGUACACCUGCCAGGUGGUAAACGAGGCCGGGCAGGAGAAGUGCUUUGCCACGCUAACUGUGCAAGAGCCGCCUCAGAUCACAGAAAAACCUGAAGUGAUUAAGGUUACAGUCGGAGACCCAGUCAGUCUGGACUGUAAGGUGACGGGCUCCCCUGAGCUCAAAGUGAAAUGGAUGAAAAAUGGAAAGGAGCUUCAGUCCAUUAGGCAGCAUAAGCUGACCUUUGAGAACACAAUGAGCAGCCUCAGGGUUCAGUCGGCUCAGAAAGAGGACGAAGGAGAGUAUGUGUUCGAGGUGGCAAACCACAUCAGUAGCUGCAGCUGCAAAGUCAAAGUGAUCGUUCUAGAACAAGUCAUUCCCCCGAGCUUCACCAAACCUCUGGUAGACAUGGGGGAGAUAUUGGGCUCCUUUGUUCAGAUCAGUUGCAAAAUAUCUGGUUCGCUGCCCAUCUCUGUGGAGUGGCAGCAAGACGGGAGCAAAGUCUGUAGUGGUGUGAAACACAAACUGAUCCAGCAGGACAACUCUGUGUCCGUGGAGAUCGAGCAGCUAGAGCGAUCUGAUGCAGGAUGCUACUCUUGCAAACUGACCAACGCAGCGGGGAGUUGUGAAAGCAGCGGAUCCCUCAUGGUUAAAGAGCCUCCCAGCUUUGUGACGCUGCCUGAGUCCCAGGCGGCUGUACCCAGCGGCAAGGUGCGCUUCAAAAGCACAUUUAAGGGAACGCCUCCCUUCACAGUCAAAUGGUUCAAGGACGACUCCGAGCUCAUGACCGGGCCCUCGUGUUUCACCGGGCUGGAGGGGCUCUCUUGCUUCAUGGAGCUCUACAAAGUGGGGGUCACCCACAGUGGAGCUUACUCUUGCCAAGUCAGCAACGAUGCUGGUUCUGUGCGCUGUAGUGCAGACUUGACAGUCAAAGAACCCCCCGAGUUUGUGCUGAAACUCCCUGCCACUAAGUGUGUGAAGCAGGGAGAGUCCCUCCGCCUGGAGUGCAAAGUCAAUGGCACAGCUCCUCUGAAAGUGACCUGGUACAAACAGGACACCAAGGUCACGGAUGGGGGCAACUACAGGACAUCAUUUGUUGACUCGGUAGCAGUCCUGGAACUGCUGUCAACGAGCUUUAAUGAUGAUGGAGUUUACACGUGUGAAGCUCAGAAUGAUGCUGGCAGUGUCAGCUGCAGCACCACCCUUAGCGUUAAAGACGCCCCAUCAUUUACUAAAGUACCCCAGCCCGUUGAAGGGCUGAAGGGGAAGGACGUGAGUCUGUACUGCGAGAUGAGCGGUACAGCUCCGUUCCAGAUCACCUGGUUCAAAGACAGGAAGCCUCUGAUGGAGAGCAGGAAGUAUAAGAUGGUGAGCGAGGGCAGCUCGGUCACGCUGCAUGUCAUUGGGAUAGAGGCCUCGGAUGCCGGCGAGUACGAGUGCAAAGCGACUAACAGUGUAGGAAGUGACACCUGCCAGACGUCAGUUAAACUCAGAGAGCCGCCGUCGUUUGUGAAGAAACUGUCAAACACGACAGUGAUUCUGGGGGAGGAGGUGACCAUUGUGGCCACUAUUAAAGGCUCUGAACCCAUUACUGUGUCCUGGGUUCAAGACAAGGAUCACAUUCUCAGGGAUGGUGACAACAGGAAAAUCACCCUUGAGAACAACCAGGUCGCUCUUAAAGUCUUUAAGGCUGAUGCAACCACGGCAGGCAAAUACACCUGCCAACUCAGAAACGAUGCUGGGAGUGUGGAGUGUUUCGCUAACUUGACUGUUCUAGAACCCGCUAAGAUAGUGGACAAGCCCGACGCUCUGAGCGUGACGGCGGGCGACAUGGCCGCCCUGGAGGUCAAAGUGUGUGGAACCCCACAGCUCACACCCAAGUGGUUCAAGGACGGGGUGGAGCUGGCCUCCGGCAGGAAGUACAAGAUCUCCUUUUCUCAGAUGAUUUCCAGCCUGAACGUCCUCUCUGCUGAGAAGGUGGACUCUGGAGAAUAUACUUUUGAGGUUAUGAACGAGGUCGGGAAGGACCUAAGCAAGAUUAACCUCACAGUCUUAGAUAAGAUCAUUCCUGCAUCGUUCUCAAGGAAGUUGAAGGAUCUCAACACAGUGGUUGGAGCAGCCGGAGAGAUGGAGUGCAAAGUGUCAGGCUCCCCACCGUUCACCAUCUCCUGGUACCACGAUGGGGAGGAGAUACAGAGCGGACCCAACUAUGAGAUCAACUUCAGCAACAACAGCUGCACGCUCAAAGUGUCCACGCUGAAGCUGUCCGACUCUGGACUGUAUAAAUGCAAAGCUCUGAACAAGGCUGGAUCCAGCGAGACCUCGGCCUCUAUGGCUGCGAAAGAGCCCCCAUCCUUCGUGGUUCCCCCCCAGCCGGUGGAGGCCAUGCCGGGCUCCAACGUGACGUUCUCUGCGAUGGUGAAAGGCAGCGCACCGCUCAAACUGAAGUGGUUCAGAGGAGCGAAGGAGAUCCUGCCCGGACGCGACUGCAGUUUCUCCCUGAAGGACAACCAGGUGGUCCUGGAGCUGUUCACGGUGGACCGGUCCCACGCAGGGGAGUACACCUGCCAGAUCAUCAACGACGCCGGCAAGGAGAGCAGCCCCGUCAACCUCACCGUCAAAGAUCCAGCAGCCUUCUCUAAGAAGCUGAAGGACGUUUCGGUGGAGAAGGGGAAACCGUUGACCCUGGAGUGCACUUAUACAGGAACUCCUAAAAUCACCGUGAACUGGUUCAAAGACGGCCAGCAGAUCUUCGCUUCGUACAAACACAACAUCACCACCACCGAGAGCUCCUGCAUCCUCGAGUGCCUGAGCACCGACGACAAAGAGGCUGCUGGGAAAUAUUCCUGUGAGGUGUCCAACGACGCCGGGAAGGACCAGUGUGACGCUAACGUGUCCAUCCUCGAGCCUCCGUACUUCGUGGAGUCCCUGGAGCCGAUGGAGGUGACUACAGGUGACGCUGUGUGUCUGAAGUGCCAGGUGGGCGGCACACCUGAGAUCAAGGUGUUCUGGUUCAAGGCCGACGGAAAGGUGCGCUCCAGCGCCACCUGCAGGCUGGAGUUCAGCCGCGGCACCGCCUGCCUGAAGCUCAGCAAGGCCGGCAAGGCCGACAUCGGAGAAUACACCUGCAAGGCGGAGAACUCCAUCGGGUCCGCCUCCUCCACCUGCAGACUCAACGUGCUAGAGGCCAAAUCCCCGCCCUCCUUCCCGAAGAAGAUGACCAGCCUCCAGCAGACGGAAGGCCAGGCGGUGCGGUUCGAGUGCCGCGUGGCCGGCUCCUCUCCGCUGGAGGUCACCUGGCUGCGAGACGGAGAGCCCCUAAAGCAGGGCGGAGACUUCACCAUGAAGUACGACGACAACACGGCGGCGCUGGAGAUCGCCCGCGGAGAGAUGAGGCACUCUGGGGAGUACACCUGCUCAGCCACAAACAGCGUGGGGUCCGCCUCCUGCAGAGCCAAGCUCACCCUGACAG